GAGAGGGACAGGGAGGAGAGGGACAGAGACAUGGAGAGGGAGAGGACAACUGAUCAUGACAGUGGCGGAGAAAGUGGUAGUGAAAGGGCGUGUCUGGAGUUCAUGACCCCUGAUGGACAGGACAUCUACCUGAGGCUUGGCCACUCCCCCCAACGACGCUCCGCCCUCCGUCUCACACGCAUCAUCGUUCGCCAUCAGCUCCUCACCCGGCUCACUCAAGAGAUCGAGGCCAAGGAGGCUUGUGAUUGGCUGAGGGCUGCAGGGUUCCCACAGUAUGCCCAGCUCUACGAAGACUCCCAGUUUCCUAUAGAUAUCUUGUCAGUGAAGAGGGACCAUGACUUCUUGGACAGGGACCUGGUGGAACCUCUGUGUCGACGUCUUAACACUCUGAACAAGUGUUGCUCCAUGAAACUAGACGUCAGCCACCCCAGGAAGAAAACUGAUGAUUCAGAUGACGAUGACCCGCUAGCCAUCAGUAAGAGAUGGACCUUUGAAUGGAACAGCCGCCGCUGGUCCCGCCUCCAGGACAUGCACUUCCUGCUGGGCUCGCCCAAUGAGAGCAGUCCUGAGGGGUGCCAGGGGGAAGGGCGACUGAGGAGCACAGUGAGCAGUGAGAGCGUCCUGACGGACCUGAGUGAACCAGAGAUCACGGAUAUAUCCUCUCUGCACAGUCAAGACUCUCUGGGAGCCAUGCUUCCUGACUCUGUCUCUAUGGUCUCACUUGCAGGACCCUACCAGCCCCCAAGAGACCUGUCCCACUACAACUCUCUACCAAUCAAAAGCAGCCGUCACGGCCAGGGUGGGCGGAGUCCGGCAAAGGCCUUCCUGCGUCGCAUGGAGAUGAUGCGUACCUGGGGGCCGUCCUCCAAGAGGAAGUCAGGAAGUGGGCGGGCGCCGCUCGUCAUCAGUGGGCCGGUCCUACAUGGGGAGGAGCCCCAGGCAUUACAGAUGCUCCACUGUGUUCCCAUCAAUCAAUCAGAGGACAGUCCUCAUCCUCCCCACCAAUCAGAUGACAACUCGUCCCCUAUCGCCCUCGGUAAUGGCAGCAAGGGCCAAUCGGUGACGAUGCGUCCCUGUGUGAAGGAGUCUGUCUCCAAGCCGAAAAGAGGAAGUAUGUACCUGGAAGAUAUGGAGCUGCUCUCUGGCGCCCCCCAUGUUCGGAGGAUUGAAGCACAACAGAGCCCGUUCAGCAGGAACCACUUCCGUUCAUACGAGGACCUGCUGGUCCACAUCCCCAAGAACCACAAACCAGGCACCUUCCCCAAAGCCUUGUCUAUAGAGAGUCUAGCCACAGCCACCAACCACCAGUACCAGACCCCUUCUCCCUCCCCACUCCACCCCAGCAAAGGCUCCCCCUGGACGGGUACGGCUCUGUCCAAGAAGCCUCCCUGUCCUGGAGCUCCGCGGGGCAGCAGGGUGAGUGUGUAUGACAACGUCCCCGGGUCUCACCUGUACGCGUCCACAGGUGACCUGCUGGAUGUGGACCGAGACGAUCACCUGUUCCCCCAUCUGGAUGACAUCAUCAGUCACGUCAGCGGCCUGCAGCAGAUUGUAGACCACUGGAGUCGCAGCAUGCUGACGGAGGGUGGGGUGGGGGAGGAGGGGGAGGCAGGGGAGGGAAAGAGGGAGGAGAGGACCACGCCCAGUGAGGGGGAGGGAGAGGGGAGGACCAUGCCCAGUGAGGGAGAGAGAGACGGGGUCUCCCUGAUUGACAUAGAGUCAACAGGGACCAGAGAGAGGAGAGACUCUGGAGUAGGAGCUUCCCUUACCAGACCACGGUGAGUUCUGCGGUGGCCGAGCUUCCGCCUCUCUGAAAAUCUGCGCCAAUCAGGCUCCGCGCUGCAGAUCAGUAGCCAAUCAGCAGGCCAGCUCAGCCUGCUCCAGAAGUUCUCUCUGCUCCGACUCACAGCCAUCAUGGAGAAUUACUCCAUGUCUAACAAACAUGGCUGGACCUGGUCUGUCCCUAAGUUUAUGAAGCGUUUGAAGGUCCCUGACUACAAGGAGAGAAGUGUGUUUGGUGUUCCUCUCAUCGUCCACACACAGCGCUGUGGUUACCCUCUACCUCUUUGUCUACAGCAGGCCCUGAGACAUCUCAGGACGCACUGUCUUGACCAGGUGGGUCUGUUCCGUAAAUCUGGCGUGAAGUCUCGUAUCCAGGCGUUGAGACAGGAGUGUGAGACCAGUCCUGACAGUGUGUGUUACGAGGACCAGUCAGCGUACGACGUAGCAGACAUGGUUAAACAGUUCUUCAGAGACCUUCCUGAACCUCUACUGACCAGCAAGCUGGGAGAGACCUUCCUACACAUCUACCAAUAUGUCCCUAAGGAGCAGAGGUUGCAGGCCGUGAGGGCGGCCAUCUUGCUGAUGUCAGACGAGAACAGGGAAGUGCUCCAGACGCUGCUCUGCUUCCUGUGUGAUGUCACGUCCUGUGUAGAGGAGAACCAGAUGACCCCUAUGAACCUGGCUGUGUGUCUGGGCCCCUCCCUGUUCCACCUCAACAUACUGAAGAAUGACAACCUGUCCCCCAGGUCGAUCCAGAAGAAGUAUGCUACGGGCCGUCCGGACCAGAAGGACCUGAGUGAGAACCUUGCCGCCACACAGGGCCUGGCUCACAUGAUCACUGAGUGCCAGCACCUGUUUGAGAUCCCACAGGACAUGGUAAGCCGGUCCCAUAACUCCUACAUGGAGGCUGAGUUACUAGCGCCCCCUCUGGACGAGCUGCGUAAGACACAUGACGAGGAGGACGAGGAAGAGGAGGAGGAGGAGGAGGAAGGAUCCUACCACACACACAUGGAGGGGCUGGUCCAGGGACUACUAAAAGAGGCCAGAGACAACAGCAAAGGAUGGGUAUCCCGGGCUACCACUGACCACACUGAAUUGGCCUGCAAAAAGGUGGGUGAUGGUAACCCACUGCGGAGGUGGCGUGUGUGUGUGGAAGUGUGUGCGAAGCCCAGUGAGGUGUUGGAGAGGCUGCUGCGGGAGCGCCCCCUGUGGCAGACGGACAUACUGCAGGAGAAGGUUCUGGUUACCCUGGGCAGACAGACAGACAUCUACCAGUACAGCUUGCAGAGCAUGGCCCCACACCCCAACACUGACUACGUAGUACUGAGGUCGUGGCGUAGCAGCAUUUCUAAGGGUUGCUGUGUGUUGGUGUGUGUAUCAGUGGACUAUGAGGACAGUCCAGCUAUGGUAUCAGUCAGAGGAGUGAUUCUGGAAUCACAGUACCUUCUAGAACCCCACGGAACCGGGAAGUCCCGACUCACACACAUCUGCAGAGUCGAUCUGAAGGGCAGGUCUCCAGAGUGGUACAACAAGGUGUUUGGUCACCUGUGUGUCUCUGAGGCCCAGAGGAUCCGUUCCUCCUUCCUCCCUCCAGACCUCCCAGGCACAGAGACCAAGAUCUGACCCCCAGGACCAGGGCAUGAGGCUGGGCUACACCGCCAGGGAGCACGGCCCCAAGGACCAGAAGACCAGAGAGAGGUUGCUUUAAAAAAAUGCAGGAGAACAGGACGCCUAGAACCGUGGACCUUCGAAGCUUGGACCUAGAUUCAUGGACCUAGAAACUUGAACAAUAGGGCUAGUUCCAUGGACCUAGAACCAGGGAACCGGGGAAGCAGGAGGGAAGACUAGUUUGACCUAUAACUAGGAACCAGGGUUCUGGAUGCAGCGACCUAGAACCAGGGAACAACGACUGGUGACAUAAAAUGUAGAACCAGGAAAUAUGGAACAAUCUAUCAGGGAUUCUUAAACUAUUUCAGAAAUGGACUGUCCUCCCAUGACCCAAAUCGUCCUCCAACGACCCAAGUUAAGAAGAAAUAGUGUGUGAUGAUAGAUGUAUUCUCAUAACUCACGACCCACCUCUCACAUGCCCAGGGACCCACUUUGGGUACCGACCCAUAGUUUGAGAAAGCCAUUUCUAAACAUUGGAACCAGAGAUUUGGAACAAUCUAAUGUAGAACCAGAGACACUGAACAAUAUUGAACUUGGAACAAGGGAUACGGAACGAUCUAGAACUUUUAACCAGUGACACUGAAUAAUCUACAAUUCAGAACCAGGAAUAUGGAAUGUUCUAGAUUGAACUUGAAGACAGAUCUGGGCCCAGAUUCACAAAACAUUUCUUACGCAAAAAAAAUUAAAAAGCUGCUUAAGAAAAAAAAUAAGAAGUUCAUAAGAUUCCUCCACAAUAUUUUAAGAUUGAAUCAUUCUCUUACGAACUCCUCAAAUAUCUUCAUACAAAACUUCUUAAAAUUUUUGUUGCUAGGCAACCGAUUUAGCUAGCUAUCUAGCUAACAACGGUAAUCAUGUUAGCAUAUUUCCUACUGAGAUUACUGUUCUUCAACAUGUUCUUUGGUUUAAUAUAAUCAGUACUGGAACUUUCAGAUGAAGUUUGUGAGUGAAUUAAACAGGUUCAAUUGCUUUCAUGAGAUGUUUCUCUCACUGAGUUUAAGACGAAGGUUUAGCUAUCUUGGAAUUCAGAACAUUUCCUAAAACAUCCCAAAACUGUAUUUUCAAGAGUCUAAUUUCUUCUUAACUUUUUUUGCUUCAGGAGAAAAAUGUAAAAAAUUACCCGUAACAUUUCUAAUAAACUUUUUGAGAAAUAUAAACUUUGCUUAACUUUCUUCAUAAGUUUACAGUUAAGGGGGAAAAAUGGCAGUUGAAAGGUCAUUUCUUCUUAAAGAAGGUUUUGUGAAUCUGGGUCCCUGGUUCGUAAAGCUUUAUCUCUGCUCUCAGCAUCACUGUCAGUUUAAACUACUAUUAUUAUUAUUAGUUCAUUCAUCUUUAUUGUCUGCGUUAAUUAUAUUAUUAUUGUAUUAUUGUUAUUUUAAUAUUAUGACCUCAUCGUUGUUGUUGUAUAAUCGUUGCUUUUUAAAAUAUUUUUUAUCCUGUUAUACAAUGUCUAGGACAUUUAUCCAUUUCACUGCUUCUGGGAAGCGUGUAUGUGUGCGUGUGUGUGUGUGUGCGUGUGUGUGUGUGUGCGUGUGUGUGCGUGUGUGUGUGUGUGUGUGUGUGUGUGUGUGUGUGUGUGUGUGUG